AUGUGGUCGAAAUCUUCGAGAGCUCCCGAGGAAUAUCCGAAGGACUCAUUGGACAGAUUUGGGGAUGACUUGUGUGGACUCGUGUUGUCUUAUCUGUCACUCGAAGACUGUUUCCGAUUGGAAUGUCUGUCCAAACAGUGGCGAAGAAGUAUUCAUCAGAAGAGACAUAAACUGGUGGUAGGAGUGGACUCAUGGGUGCCAGAGGUUAUCCCAUUGACUGACGACUACCGCGAUGUCGAGCGCAUGGAUUCGCAGACAUUUGAUGCUAUGGUUAAGAAGUUACCAAACAUUACAUCCAUUUAUAUCACAAUACUAUCGGAAGCAACGGAACGGGUGUUUGAAGUACUCAUGAAGUCAUACAAACACUUGAAGACAAUUCACGUCCGCUUUUGGACGGGAAAUGACACACAAUUAGUGGACAGACUGUUGCGGACAUACGGCUCACAAUUGACAUCAAUAGUGAUGACAAGGGAUGCGUUUAAUGUGUAUAAAGAGCACAGCUUAAAGACAUUGCAUAUAAGCAUACAAUUCAUGAACACCGAGGUAUAUAUCGCUGCAAUGAAACUGUUGUGUGAAUUGAAAGCAUUGCGAGAACUGACACUUCGUAUACAUAUGAUCGGUAUGAUUGAAGAUCUCAUACCCGUAAUCGACUAUCACUGCGACGAGUUUGUCAACCAAUGGCCACAACUCAAGAGAUAUCAGUUGACUAUAAUGUACGCAACUAUUCCACAGAUGAGGCGAGUGAUUGAGUCCUUGAAUGAUUUAAAGCGAUUGCAAUAUUUGACUCUAAAUUUUAGCGAUUUAGCCAUAACUCAGAGUUUUUUCGAUGAUAUCGACACACAUUUGCCACGACUUAAGGCAUUCCGAUUGGUCGCUAAACUCGAUAUAAAUGCCUGCAUUACGGCUACUGUGGAAAGGCUGCCAAAAUUGACAAACAUGUCAUCCAAUGGUAAGAAUGGCACUCAAGAGGAAUACCUGAAGAACUCAUUCGACAGAUUCGGUGAUGACUUAUGCGAAGUGUUGUUAUCUUAUCUGCCAUUCGAAGCCUCUAUUCGUUUAGAAUGUGUGUCCAAACAGUGGCGAAGAAGUAUUCAUCAGAAACGAGAUAAACUUGUGAUCAACGCAGUGAUACCAGAGUUGGGACACUUGAAGAACGACUAUAUCGAUGUCGAGGGCAUAGAUAUACAGAAAGUGGAGUCAUUGGUCAAGAAGUUACCAAACAUUACACGCAUUGAGAUAACAGUGAAAUCGGAAGCACCGGAACGGGUGUUUGAGUCCGUGAAUGGUAUGCGAGGCUUACGACGACUGCGGCUUAUAUUCAUACCAUUGCUGCGAACCUACAAUAACAUGGAUUUGUCGCUCAACUCAUUGUCGGCUUUGAAACGAUUACAGCAUUUGUGGAUAGAUUUCGAUGAUUUGGUGGUAAACGAGAGGUUUUUCGAUGAUAUCGACACACAUUUGCCACGACUUCAGUCGUUAAGACUCAGCGCCUACUUCGAGAUGAGCGCCGGUAUUAAGGAAUCGGUGGAACGGCUGCCAAAACUGAUUAAAUAUGAUUUUCACAUCCUAAAAGUGAAUGAGCAAUGUUCUUUUGUCGAUUCUUAUUAUAAC